UAGAGUUUAUUGUAGUUUUGCUUCGGUAGUGUCUAUGUAUUGCGUACGAUUCGCGAACGAAAUCUAGUCGCGAACGUAUGUUGUAGGCGUAGUUGCUUUUUAUUUUUUUACUUGUGCUCUCGUUCCACUUUUCGAAUCGAUUCUUCAUAUUUAUUUCUAGAAAAUCUGUGCUUUAUUUUUCGUGCUUUUUACAUAGAAGUGAAGAGAAAUAAUUGCGAAAGUGCGGUGGUUUUCGUGAAUUAUGAUGUCAUUAAAUCCUUGAAAAUAUGAGUGUUAGUGUCGACGACGUAUCCAGCCCUUUAUCGGAAGGGCAGAGCACCGUUUGCGACGAGCAAAUAUCAUCAUCGGACAACCAAGGCGAGAAGAACGAUGGCGUUGAGGCAGGUCAGGAAAAAUCGGAACCCACGAGUCCCAAACCACAUCCGAUGGCCUUUACAGUUGAUUUUGGGGAGAGUAAAAAAUUUGACAAUCGAAGGCUGGAAGAGUUAGCCAAGAAGUCUCAGGCACGACAUCAGAGAGUGCAGUCAAUGUCGGCAGGCUCAACCAGACAAAGCCCGACAGUUCAGCGACCUCCUAUGAGUGUAAAACUACCAAGGAAAGCUCAGGGCUAUAAUUCCGAAGGCUAUUUCUCCUCAGACCAAGAAGACAGUGGCGUUUCCAACUCUAUUAAACUCAAAAGUAGUCCUCUCGCACAAAAUGUCGAUAAAACUUUUGUAACCAGUCCUAUAACAAAUAGGCAUGUGAAAUCACCGAUAACUGACUCAUCACAACCAAAGAAACAAUCAAAAAGUCCGAUAGUCGAUAGCAUAAUGUCUAGGAGUGAGAAUUUCAGUUCUCGUCAAACUUUGAUCCUGCCGUUGUCUGCUAGUAACUCAAACACAACAGUCAUCCAUAAAACACCAAGUUACGGUAACCUUAGCUACCAGAAGCAUAUCAUGACCAACAUUAUAGACCAAAGUCCUGAAGGUGUAAUGUUAACUGAUAUCUCUAGUCCUGAAUUAGAUAUCCUAACACCAGACAAUGGUUUAUCCACUCCAGAACCUUCUAAGAGUCCAUCAAUCCAUAAAGUGAGAGCUAUGUCCGAAACUCCAGAUUUACUAUUCAAUAAGUGUCCUCCGAAACCCCAUCCGUUGUUCAUUGAUGAUGAUAUUGACAGACAAUCUAAUAACUCAUCAACUGGUACAUAUACCAUCGAAGGAGACAACUACACAGAAGAGCAAAAAGCUAGAAUGAGUAUAGACAGAUCUUUUGGUGCUGACCUACUCAAAGAAGCCAUAGACAACUCAAUAAACAAACGUAACAUAGAAAGAGAUCCAGAGAUUAUCUUUGAUUUUCCAAACCCUCAAAGGGUAAUAACAAAAGAACCAAGAAGAGAAGUUGGCCUACGUUCUCCUGUCACUCACACCGCCUUCGAAAUACCUAACAAAGUGUCCAAAGACAAAAACGUACUAGAAAUAUCAUGUUGUUAUGAAUCUCCAAACGAAAAUGACUUAGCUAUUCAAACAUCAAAACAAAUUAAAUCAACAAGGAGUUAUUUAGAGAAAAUAAAAAAUAGAGUUAGAACGAUCACGGAAAAGACUUUUCCAAAACCGAAAGUAAUGGAAGAUCAGGAUAUUGGUAGCUUCACUUCAGUCACAACUUCAGGUGUGCUAAGUAUGAAAAACUCAGUUAAAAUCGAUACACCUGUACGGAGACGUUGCAGCUUAACAAAAUCUGAAAUAGACAAGACUGAUUACAUCCAUAGAUUGUCUAGAGAGUCAUCCGUCCCUGUAUCACUGCCUAGCAGUAAAGUGUUACCAUUUGAAGAUGGUGCAUUUGAGAGUAGCGCACUCAAAAAUGCACAGAAAGCGUUGAGAGAUGAUAGUGGUAUAUCAUCUGAUAUAACACCGGAUCAGAUGGUUGGAAAGUUAUCGUAUAUGAGUCUAAAUAGAUGUAAAGGUGAUAAAACUUGGAUACAAGAUUGGGCGGAGAGUGUUAAGAAUUACAAUAACAAUGCAUUAGCUAAAGAUGCAGACUUGAUCAUUUCAUAUCCUGACGGAGUACCUCUUAGUCCACGUUGCUUGCCUGGCAAACCUCGCAGCUCUCACGGCAGUACACCCACCAAGAUUCCCAGUCCUGUUGGCACUCUACUGCACAGGAGAACACCCGAUCUAAUACCACCUCAAGACACCGAAUCGUAUUUGUUGAAAACACAAAAUGCAAUCACUAACCUCCAAGCGAAGCUUCAAUCUUCUAGAACGAACAACUUCUCGAACAUUCCGUCCCAGUUAACUUCCAGUCUUAUCAGCGAAAAGACAGCCGUCUCACGAGUCCCUCUCUCUCAACUCAGUAGAUCAAACUCCUUGAACUAUCGCCUCAGAAGAAAAGAUAAUUCUAAUGAUAGCAGUCCGUUAAGAAGUCCAGGACAUUACGUUAUCACAGGUUCAAACAAAACCAAUACUAAAGUCUUAUUAAACACAGCGUCUCGCUCUCUUGACACGGAUAGAAGACAUGAUUCAAACAUGAACAGUCCAUCAUCAGACCGAGGUCUGUGCAGUAACAGUUCCGAUGAUAAAACAAUAUCAAAUAAACCACAAUACAAAACAUCACCAAGAUAUAGACAAAAGGUCGAAGUUAAACCGAAUACGAACGAAGCGGUGUGCCUAAAAGCAGUAUUAAAGAACAACGCGAUAGACUCAAAACUCUACCCGAGAAUUGAUCAAACUCGUUACCAAGGCGACGUGAAGAAAUCCCAUCAACGAAUCUACAGUGAUAGUAAACAAUAUAAGCCCGUUCAAAACGCAUUCGGUGUUUCCAUCCGACGUUCAAGUUCCUUCAAUACGGUCAAUAGAAAUAAUAACUACAUAGACGCUGGGAAAAUAAAAUCUAGACGAUCUAGUGGUCAUUCUGAAGAUUAUAAAGACUAUGGUAUUUCCGACGAAUCAGAUACUGGUUCUUUUGAUAAAUCACAAGAUAUUAGAUUCAAAAGAACGCAUAGAGGUAGAAUAGAAUCACCAGAUCUUAAAUCAAUCGCACCCGCGAACUCACCAAGAUGUCCUAAUACUCCUGAAAUGCAGCGUAAAUUUGGACCUGGACUGGUCAGGAAUGCAGGAAGACAAGCCAAAGAUCGUUCUAGAAUGUCGGAACCUCCUGUAUCUAAGGAAGAAAGGACUAAACCAGUUAAUCAUCAGAGUAGAAGGAUAUCGGAUCCAACAAGACAAGCAGUGCUCAGCAGAUUGACUAAAUCUAGGUCGUCUACUAGGGAACUGCAGCCAAAGGUUCAGGAGAAAGUUCAAAAGAAAGCAAGUCAAUAUAGAUCAUCGUCCGCUUUAGCCACCAAAGAAGUUGAAUUCUCAAACUGGAAGAAGAGAUCAUCUUACGACCCGAUGAAGGCAGCGCAGGAAGGGAAAAAGAGACAGCAAAAGGCGAGACAACAGGAGUGCAAUAAGGACGACCUUAGUUCUCCUAGUCACUCUUCACCGGUCCAUCGGUCACAGUCUUUCCAUACAACCAAUAUAGCUGACUUGGAGACUUUGGACUACUCAUCAGAAGACGAUCAGAUGGCUACAUUGCCAAUAGACCCGAUGAUAACUUCUACUCACUCUGAUAUACUGGAUCUGAGGACAAAAGACUUUACGAGGGAAAAUCUGAGGAGAAAAGCCAUGACGAAUGACGUAGUAUUGUCUAGGAAUUACGUCACGAGCUUCCAGGUUAACCAACCAUCAGAAAAGAAGCGUAAAGACGCUGACAAAAGAAAGACUUACAUAGUUGAAGAUAUCACUCCAACAAAAGAGAACAUAGACUUUAUACCGAAGAGAGAGAACGGAUCAGCUGUUGAUAAGAGAAAGACGUUUAUAUUAGACAGUGAUACAAACUCUACCACUAAUGGUAGUAGUCCUAGAAACUCUUCUAUCUUCAGUCAUGAGAAGAAUUCUCUUACUACGGGUACAAGUGAUACAGAAGGAGAGAGCGGAACGGAAAGUGCUCCCGUUGUUAUGAGACAUCAGGGUGGUAAAAAAGGGACAGCGCAAGCGAAACAAAGGUACAGCGGUGACUUUUCAAUGUCAUCGUCGACGACCUCAAUCAGCCAGCAACAGAAACGACCCAAAGACAUUCAGCCGAGAUAUCUAGAUAUUUCUAAAUAUAAGAACGACAAUUCGCCCAAAAACUUCCUGAGACGUGAUCCCAGCAAGACUUAUGUUAGUGUUUUGCCGCAACAUGACAGACCCAGCAAAGGAAGCGCGCAACAAUAUGAGAUGGAACAAAAGAAACAAGAAUUAGAGAAGUGGAAACGUAGGGCGUCAUACGACCCGAGAAAGGCAGCGGCGCAGGGAAAGACUAGCAAAGCUCCUCCGAAGACUGCAAGUAGCGUUUUGCGAUCUCAGUCGUUCCACGGGCAGGUGCUAGUGUCCCCAAGUGUCCGCUACCAGCCGCCUCCCACAGACAUUGUGGAGAAUUACGACGCUUCGAGCGACAACGACUUCUAAAACGCUUACAUUAAAGUCGAUAUUACGAUGGCAUUGUGAUAGGAAUGUGUGAGACUUAUAAGUGCUAUGUUUGGUGCGAAAGUGUAAAAUUAAUUAUCAUACAAUCCAAAGAAGUAAUAAAAACGGUUUUGAAAAGUAAUUUUUAUUACGUCUGUGGUAGUUUCGUACAAUCAAUAUGUUGUCUAUGUUACCCGCGUAUUUUUGACAGAUGUCAUUUACGCAACAUUUUCAAUGUCGCUAAUUUGUUUUCUAAUUUCAAAUUUCAUAAACUUUCGCACAAUUAACGUUCACAUACAUCGUAUUAUU